AUGUUUUGUGGGACAAACGAGGAGGAAAUGAACUCCACCACACCAGGAGCUUCCACCAACUCCACAACACCUUCUAUAUUUCUAGUGGGGUAUCUGGAAAUGUGUGUGUUCAGCAUCAAUUUCUUGUUUGGUCUUCCUACACACUCCUAUAUUGCAUGGCUCAUCAUCACAGGAACAGGAAGUGGAGUUGCAUCAGAGAUCUUCAUCUUCAAUCUGUCUGUUUGUGAGAUUGGUAACUGUCUGGAUUUGUUGGUUUUUUUACUGCUUAAUUGGAUUUCAGUUCUUGGGCCAUUAGCUCUGUUUUUGCAAGGACUUUCCAUUGCUGGUCGUCCUCUGUUUCAGUGUCUGAUGUGUGUUGAGCGUUACCUGGCAGUGGUUCAUCCUGUAACCUUUCUGAAGUACAAACCUCUCAGAUAUAGAGUGAUCUGCUGCACUGUGGCCUGGAUAAUUAUUCUUUGCUCCUGUUUGGUCUGCAUGAUCACAUUAAUGUUAAAUAAUGUUAAUGCACAUACAUGGUUCUUCUUAAUGCAGUUCCUCCUCUUCCUCUCCAUCCAGUUGUUUUGUCUUGUGGCUGUUCUCAGAGCUCUGAAGCAGUCAGGACCAGGAGAGAGAGGGAGAGAGAGAAAGGAAGAAAACCACAUGAAGAGAAGAGCGUUUCAUAUUAUUCUAAUAACUACUGUGAACAUAGUUUUCACAUAUAUCCCAAUUAUUAUCUCAGGAGUAUUUGUAAUUCUGAUGAAUGGGUAUCACUGGACAUAUUGGGCUCCUGGUUUGGUUUGUUUUGUUCUAGCUAGUUUUGUUCAGCCUGUUCUUUAUCUGCACCGCUCUGGAAAACUCUCUGGCUUCUGUUCCUCAUAA